UGUGUGAAUCAGUGGUGGAAGCAGAUCUCGUGGAAGCCCUGGAAAAGUUUGGAACCAUAUGCUACGUGAUGAUGAUGCCCUUCAAGCGGCAGGCCCUGGUGGAGUUUGAGAGCGUGGAGAGCGCCAAGAAGUGUGUGAGCUUUGCGGCAGAGGAGCCUGUCUACAUCGCUGGCCAGCAGGCCUUCUUCAACUACUCCACCAGCAAGAGGAUCACCCGGCCAGGCAACACUGAUGACCCCUCUGGUGGCAACAAAGUGCUCCUCCUGUCAAUUCAGAAUCCCCUCUACCCCAUCACCGUGGAUGUCCUCUACACCGUGUGCAACCCUGUGGGCAAGGUUCAGCGCAUUGUCAUCUUCAAGAGGAAUGGAAUCCAGGCUAUGGUGGAGUUUGAGUCAGUGUUCUGCGCCCAGAAGGCGAAGGCGGCGCUGAAUGGAGCAGACAUCUACGCGGGCUGCUGCACGCUGAAGAUCGAGUAUGCACGGCCGACUCGCCUCAACGUCAUCCGGAACGACAACGACAGCUGGGACUACACUAAGCCAUACCUGGGCCGCCGAGACAGAGGGAAGGGCCGCCAGAGGCAAGCUAUUUUGGGAGAGCACCCAUCAUCAUUUAGACAUGAUGGUUAUGGGUCCCACGGGCCCCUGCUGCCCUUGCCGAGCCGCUACCGCAUGGGAUCUCGGGACACGCCGGAGCUGGUGGCUUACCCCUUGCCCCAGGCAUCCUCCUCUUACAUGCAUGGGGGAAACCCUUCUGGCUCAGUUGUCAUGGUCAGUGGGCUGCAUCAACUAAAGAUGAACUGCUCCAGGGUCUUCAACCUCUUCUGCUUGUAUGGCAACAUUGAGAAGGUGAAAUUUAUGAAGACUAUCCCAGGCACAGCACUGGUUGAAAUGGGUGAUGAGUAUGCUGUGGAAAGGGCUGUCACACACCUCAACAAUGUCAAGCUCUUUGGGAAGAGGCUUAAUGUCUGUGUCUCCAAGCAGCACUCAGUGGUCCCAAGCCAGAUCUUUGAGCUGGAGGAUGGGACGAGUAGCUACAAGGACUUUGCCAUGAGUAAGAACAAUCGCUUCACCAGCGCGGGCCAGGCCUCCAAGAACAUCAUCCAACCUCCUUCCUGCGUCCUGCACUACUACAACGUCCCCCUCUGUGUCACUGAAGAGACAUUUGUCAAGCUGUGUGAGGAUCAUGAAGUCCUGGGCUUCAUUAAAUACAAAGUGUUUGACCCAAAACCUUCUGCCAAAACACUGUCUGGGCUGCUGGAGUGGGAAUGUAAGACAGAUGCAGUGGAAGCUCUCACUGUACUUAAUCACUACCAGAUAAGGGUCCCAAAUGGCUCCAACCCUUACACCUUGAAGCUUUGCUUCUCUACCUCCUCCCAUUUAUAGAGAAGAGGACAGCAUGGUCAGAGCCACAGUCACCUGGAUCUGCAAGCCUCCCAACUGCUCUCUGCUCACCCAGCUCCACCAGUGGUUGUGCUGAUGUUGCCUUGUUUCCACUCACUUCUAACCUCUUUGCUCUUGUUUUAUAAU